ACUGUAUAAAUAGUACCAAUAAUAUCCUCAUCUUUCGUUGUUAUUUUAACCUCUUUUCCAACAUAACUAUUGAAUAAAAUUGGAUCAUUCUUGUAUACUUUAUGCAAAAAAUCCAAAUUAUCUUCUUGCGAGCUCAUAUUAAAAAUUGAAACUGUAGGAAUUUUAGGUUAGGAAUGUAUUUACGUCACUGACAAAUGACAAGAACUGCAAAAGCAUCUCUGUGAGACGAAGAAACCUCUCGAAUGUAUAUUUAUAAAAAUAGUGGUAAAAGAAUAAAGUUUUUCGAAAAAUCCUAAUUGUUUCACCGAGUAUGUUAUAGCGGAAUUAUAAUAAAACUUAUUUGAAUAUGAUAUAAAACUACAAGAAAAGCCUGAUAAAUUAUAUAACCUCCAAACAAAAAUGGUGAUAUACGGUGUUUAUAUCGUGUCAAAAUCUGGUGGUUUGAUUUUUAAUCACGAUCAUAAUGUCCCGAAAAUUGAAGUCGAAAAGUCUUUUAACUUUCCACUCGACAUUAAAUUAAAUUACGAAAAUAAAAAGGUGGUGGUAGUUUUUGGGCAACGAGAUGGGAUAAAUGUGGGUCAUGUACUGACUGCUGUGAAUGGAAUUGCAGUCACAGGACGUGAACUUGAAGAUGGACGAGAUGCACUGGAAAUGUUAGAACAGCCAGAAAAUUUUCCUAUAACAUUGAAAUUUGGUCGGGCAAAAAUGACAACAAAUGAGAAAAUAUUUCUAGCAUCAAUGUUUUAUCCACUCUUUGCUAUAGCAAGUCAACUUAGCCCGGAACCACGAAGUUCUGGAAUUGAAGUUCUCGAGGCAGACACAUUUCGUUUAUAUUGCUUCCAGACAUUAACAGGCAUUAAGUUUAUGAUAGUAGCAGAACCAUCACAACCAGGUAUGGAAAUUUUGUUGAAAAGAGUAUAUGAUUUAUAUGCAGAUUAUGCAUUAAAGAAUCCAUUUUAUGCACUGGAAAUGCCUAUUCGAUGUGAACUGUUUGAAACAAAUUUACAAACAUUAUUAGAAACAGUCGAAAAAUCUGGUAUAAGCAAUGUUUAAUGCAUUUAUUAUAAAAGAAUUAUUAAUUAAAAAUGUAAGAUUACUAAAU